AUGGUGGUCACCUCCAUCUCUUUUGAGAGCACUUUCCUCUCCACACAUCUUCCUUUUCAUGUCCUCACCAUAACUAAGCUUCUCACCGGAAUUUCCCUCUCUUCACCACUACCAACCAUCAAGUUUUAUUUUCUUCUUUUACGGCCGCUACCAGAGCCACCACCACCAAGAAAUGACAAGUUCGUUAUGAGUUUUAUGCACAUCUUAAACGAGACAACGAUGGAUCCAUCUCUCUCCCUAGUAGAUGCUCAUACAACUCUGUUUUCCAAAAUUUCUUGUCCACCAUCGAAGCCACCAUGGUUAUACAGUAUGAAAAUUCUAACACAAAUGUUUAAUUUUAAUUUCUUAAUUUUUGUUUUGUGUUUUUGUGUUUUAGUGGUAAAAGAUGCACUCUUGGUAUUUGACAAAAUGCCUCAAAAGAGUUAUGUGUCUUGUAGCAUGGUUAUGUGUGUCUAUUGGCAUUUCAUAGAGAUUGAGGAAGUUUAUUAG